AAAUUACCCCCUCUAACUAUUUAAAGGGAACUACCGUGAUUUAGAAAUUGUUUUAAACAACACGUAAAUAGGCCUGCUAAUAAGGGCCGAUGCGACAUUUCAACGGGACCCUUCAUUAUUGUUUCACAUUGCCAAAUCUUCUCCUACGCUCGUAUGCCAAGAUUUGAGUUUUUUCCCUGGAGUGUUUUGGAACUCUGUAACUGCAAUGGUGAAACUGGGAUGGGUGGAGGCUAUGACAAAAACUUUCCAUCGGCUAUAAAGAAACAAAUCUUGUCAGCCAAUCGGAUCCCUCAACCCACAUGCAUUUGCACACACCCUUCUUCUCUCUCAUUGUGUCCCAGGCUUCUUAUGUAUCACACUGUCGAUGAUAAACCAGGGAUAGACCACAAUGGCCAGUCCAGCACCAGCAUGCUGCAAAACCCCUUCCAGUCCAGAGGGGGGAGCGGCGGAGACCCAAAAGACAAAGCGCUUCAUCACGGACAACUAUGAGCUAAGCAAGGAAGAGCUAGAUGGUCUCAUGAAGGAAGGAGAAGAAGAGCGUCCCUUCCUGGUGGUCCAUCAUCUGCUGGACGUAAAAGAGGCAGGUGUGCCGGUAUUAUUGCCUGGGACCCAGGUCAUCUGCAGAGUGGACAGCACUGAGAGAUACACCACACGCUCCAAGGUCAGUGUGUGCUCUCUGUACACUGUGAAGCUGACCCAUGGCAAGUUCACCUGGACGGUCAAGAGGAAGUACAAGCACUUCCAGGAGCUGCAUCGUGACCUCUACAAGCACAAGAUGAUGGCUCAGUUCCUGCCUCUGGGAAGAUUUGCAGCCCAGAGAGCACAGCUGAGGGCUAUGACAGAGGAGAUGCCAAGUCUACACGGCACUGAGAGGAUGAGACAAACCUCCAGUAAACCGAAAUAUCUUGAAGAAUAUCUAAAUGGCCUUUUGGAGAAUUCCUUUUGUAAGAACUUCCACGGCAUGCUGGAAUUCCUUGAUGUCAGUGCUCUCUCUUUUGUCAGUGAUCUUGGACCCAAAGGCCUGGAGGGUUCCAUCUUCAAAAGGUCAGGAGGUCAUCGUAUCCAGGGGCUGAACUGUAUUGGUCAUCACCAGUUCUGCUUCCGCUGGUCAAAGCGCUGGCUGGUGGUCAAGGACUCCUUCCUGCUCUAUAUGAACCGGGAAAACGGGGUCGUCUGCUUUGUACUGGUCUUUGACCCAGAGUUCAAAGUUCAAGUGGGCCGUGCAUACACUGAUACCAAGUAUGGGGUCUGUAUUCAGAACUUCACCAGGAAUCUGGUCAUCAAGUGUAACAGCUACAGACAGGCUCACUGGUGGAGCCAUGAGAUCAACAGGCUGGCUGAGCCUUGUGAAUUCCUCCAGGUCCAACGCUUUGGGGGCUUUGCCCCACCACGGGAGAACACACUCACUAAAUGGUAUGUAAAUGGCAGUGGCUACUUUGCAGACCUGGCUGAUGCUCUGGAGCAGGCCAAGGAGGAGAUCUUCAUCACAGAUUGGUGGCUCAGCCCAGAGGUUUUCCUGAAGAGGCCAGCUACAGGAACAUACUGGCGCCUGGACCAGAUCCUCAAACGCAAAGCAGAACAAGGUGUCAAAGUGUGUGUGCUCCUGUACAAGGAGGUAGAGAUGGCACUGGGUAUAAACAGUGGCCACAGCAAGAGGACACUGAUGGACAUGCACCCCAACAUCAAGGUGAUGCGACACCCAAACCACAUGUCCGCUGUGGUGUUUUUCUGGGCCCAUCAUGAGAAGAUGGUGGCCAUCGACCAAUCAGUGGCCUUCGUUGGAGGCUUGGACCUGGCCUUUGGGAGGUGGGACGACAGCCAGUACCGGUUGACUGACACAGUUCCCACGGAGACAGACAAUCACAUCUCUGAAGAAGUGCCAAAGGCUACAAUUUCUAAGCCAGAGGCAGCUGAUUCAGGUGACCAGGUGGAUGGGUCCAACUCAGCCCAGGAUCCAAAGCCUCCAGAGCCGGAAGAGGUAAAUGCUGAGGAUCUGAAGAACAACACCCAGCUGUGGCUUGGCAAGGACUACAGCAACUUCAUCAAGAGGGACUGGGUCCAACUGGACCGCCCAUUCGAAGACAACAUUGACCGCACUGAGGUGCCCCGUAUGCCGUGGCGUGACCUGUCUGCUGCCCUCCAUGGCAAAGCUGCCAGGGACGUGGCCCGCCACUUCAUCCAGCGCUGGAACUUUGCCAAGAUCUUUAAGUACAAGAACAUUAGAAGCACGUUUUUCCCCUGCCUUCUGCCCAAGUCUCACAGUACUGCUGAUGCACUGCCAUUCACUGUGCCUGGCUCUGGGAAGGCCUCCGUGCAGGUGUUGCGUUCUGUGGAUCGCUGGUCAGCCGGAACUUGUGAGAACUCUAUCCUCAAUGCCUACAUCCAUACCAUCGAGAACAGCGAACACUACAUCUACAUCGAGAACCAGUUCUUCAUCAGCUGUGCUGAUGGGAAGAACGUGCACAAUGGCAUCGGUGACGCAAUCGUGAAGAGGAUCCUACGUGCACACAGUGAGCAGAAGAAGUACAGGGUGUUUGUGGUGGUGCCCCUGCUUCCUGGGUUUGAAGGAGACAUCAGCGAGGGGGGUGGGAAAGCCAUCCAGGCCAUAUUACACUUCACCUACAGGACCAUGUGCCGUGGAGAGUACUCCAUACUGAUGAGACUGAGAGAACUUGAGGACCAGUGGAGUGAGUACAUCACCCUGUGUGGUCUGCGCACACACUCCCAGCUCUCCCAGUCCCUGGUCACAGAGCUCAUCUACGUACACAGCAAGACCCUCAUAGCUGAUGACCGCCGCUACAUCAUCGGCUCAGCUAACAUCAAUGACCGCAGUAUGCUGGGAAGCCGGGACAGUGAGCUGGCUGUGCUGGUGGAGGAUGAGGAAAGGAUCCCCUCCAUUAUGGGGGGAGAGGAGUACCAGGCUGGACCCCUCACUCUGGCCCUGCGCAAAGAGUGUUUCAGGGUGCUUUUAGGAGCCGAUUCUGAACCCCAGAUCGAUAUCGAUGACCCAAUCAGUGACCAGUUAUUCUUUGUGGGGUGGAACACGACGGCAAAACUGAAUGCUAAGAUUUAUGACAAGGUCUUCCGCUGCCUCCCGUGCAACUCUGUCCACAACAUGAGGGAGCUGAAGGAGCAUUCAGGCCUGGAACGCAUGUGUGACACACACCCCCAGCAGGCUAAAGAGGAGCUGGAGGCCGUCAGGGGGCUACUGGUCCACUUCCCCCUCAACUUCCUGUCUGAGGAGAAUCUGCUUCCCCCACUGGGUAGCAAGGAGGGCAUGGCUCCAACAGAACUCUGGACAUAAGAGUACCAGGCUACAAGGACCAAGAUGACACUGGAAAAGCCCAGUCCAGCAGGAGAGCGCUUUAUAGAUUUGUAUCGCAAUGACCAGAUUCCGCUCCAUUGUAAAUCAAAAGAUUGGAACAAAAUGUAUACUCAACUCACCUAGCAAAAAACACUAACUGAUGUGUCUUUGAAGAAUGCAAAUAAAUGCAAGGCGUUUAGGAUGUUUACAUAUAUGAUACAGAGUGAAUUUGAACUCUGUUAAAAUGGAAGAAGAAAAAAUUCAGCACCAGAUGAUAAUGUAUACUAAUGCAUUAUGAGCCUUGUAUGUGCUUCAAGUGACUUUGAGACAUAGUUAUUUGAAGGAUUUACCACUCUUGUAAUGUUAAAAGUACAUUUUUAUGAUGUUGGAUCAUUGCUAUACUCAACUGACCAAAUUUGUUUGUUGAUAUAAUACUGAACCUGAGUAUUUAUUUUUUCAAAGGGCUUAGGUAUGGGUCUGCCAUUAUAGAACACAACAGGAACAGGAUGCCACUGUAUGAUAGGCAGGGGGAGGAAUGGAGAUCAGAAGUCAAGAGUCUCAGAUGAUUGAAGAACAUAGCGUACAUGUAUUGUUGCAAGGUUGUGGGUGGAUAGCUCUCCUCUCUCUUUCACUCUCUCUCACUGCCUCUUUCGCUCUCUGCCUCUCUCUUUCUCUCUCUGCCUCUCUGUCUGUCUCUGCCUCUCUCUGCCUCUUUCUUUCUCGCUCUGUCUCUGCCUCUCUCUUACCCUCUCAAUGCAGUACCAGCAAAUCUGUCAGAACAUUUGUGGUUGUUAUGGUGACGGUUACAAAGAGCUGACUAGAUUGUGGCCAAAAGAGGAAAGGAGAGCUAAACAGAGGGGCAGAGUACGAUGAGCGAUGGACUGAAUCAAACAGAGGUUUAUGAAAAGAUUGAAGGUGACAUGGAAGACAUGGAUGUGAGAGAGAGCCCAUGACAAAAGAGGAAGGCAAAGGACCAUAAGAGGGUCAAGGAGUGAAUAGAGGGGAAUGAGGAAAAAGAUAUUCAGGGGGUGCACCUGGUGUGCUUUAAUUGUUGCGUAUUUUUGCUGUCACCAUGGCAACCAAGUACAUUAUUGUUACAUUACUUACCCGGUUGUCAGUGGUCCAGAACAUUCCACUUCAUUUUGAGAUAGGGGAGCAAGGAAAUAGUGUUUUUGUAAAGCACAGUUUCUAAUCUGGGAUGGGAGGAAUCAAGUGACAGGUGAACAAGGAGCAGGGAUGUUCUCUUUUCUGCCAGUCUUUAUAUGCAUGUAACAGGUUUAUGUUUCCAUUGAUAGUCUCAUGUGUAUGCUGAAUUCUAGCAUGUUGUCCCUAUCUCAGCAUAAUCAAAUUAUUGAGCUUAACCAAUUUAUUCUACCAAGUUAUUUAGACUAACUGAAAUGGCAAUGUUUAUUUAGUGAUACUACUUCUACCACUACUUAAUCUAUCACCACCACCACUACUACUUCUCCUCUUCCUUCUCAUCCUCCUCCUACUACUACUAUUGUUUCAUCUGCUAAAUAUGUCUAUGUGACCAAUAACAUUUGAUUUCAUUUGAUGAUACUAUGCCUACUACAACUACUAUUAAUUUUGUUUUAGAUUUUGGCAUUGGUUUCAUAUUUUCAUUUCACCAAAUAAAAUGUGUAAUUUCUCAACUCUAUCAAUGGUAAUUAUAUUCACCAUACUACUUUAUGCUGAGUCUAAACCCCAUUUAUAGAUGGUAAUGUUAAAGAUGUACUGUCUAAUCACAAACCUGUCUGCCAACUUUAAACAGUUUAGGCCUAACUUUCACUAUGCUUUAAAACAUUUUAAUGUGCAUCAAAUGUAUGUAUCACUUAAUUAUUAUAAUAACUAGGUUAUAGCCUCUGCUUUUAUUUUUUUCAAUGAUCAUGUGUGAGAAUGUAUCUUUGUAACAUUUAAUAAACAUCCUAACAUUUAAA